UUAAGUUUGUUUUAAAAUAAUGUUACAACAAACAAUGCAAGUUUUAACAACUACUAGAGUUGUUUUAGCUAGUGGAUCUCCCAGACGACAUGAAAUAAUAAAACAAAUGGGUAUAAAUGCAGAAGUAGUGCCCUCAUUGUAUGAUGAAGACUUAGAUAGAUCUGCAUAUACAAGUCAUGGAGCCUAUGUUCAGGAUUUAGCAAAGUAUAAAGUAGAAGAUGUAUAUAAUAGAUUAAAAGAAGAUCCUGUACCACCUUCUUUAAUCAUUGGUGCAGAUACGAUGGUUACAAUGGGUAACAUUAUUUAUGGAAAACCCAAAAAUAAGUCACAUGCAUUUGAAAUGUUGUCAAGUCUAGCAAAUAAGGAACAUAUAGUUUACACAGGAAUGUGUUUGAAAACACCUAAGAGAGAGAUAAACUUUUAUGAAUCUACAGAAGUAAAAUUUGGAGAUAUAUCUACAGAACAAAUAGAACUAUAUAUAAAAUCAGGAGAACCAUUAGAUAAAGCUGGAGGAUACGGUGUACAAGGAGUUGGUGGAUGUCUAGUUGAAAGAAUAAAUGGUGACUUUUAUACUGUAAUGGGUAUACCACUGUACUCCAUGACAAAACGAUUAAAUGAAAUUUUUUGUAACAGUUAA